AUGACCGAGCUCCCGCACAUCCCGACGAUGGAUAUGAUCAACGCGACUUCGCGUCUUCAGCUGGAAGCGAAUGAUGUUUUUAUUGUUGAUGAAACGUUUUUAAUCGAGUUUUUUCAAAGGUGCGGGCCAACAAACCAAACUGGGGGUCUUACUUGCGGUCGCAAAUGAUUAAGCAAGAAGAUUACAACUUUAUCACGGCGUACGAAGCCACGAAGGUUUUUUUCCUUUUUGAUUUUAUUGUGAUUCAAAGAGAAUUCGAUUUUUUAAAGUUAUUUAAUUUUUUUUGUCGUGUUUACAAUGGUCAUUUUUUUAGACCAAAGAAGAGCGUGAUGCGAUGUUGGCUCAAAGCGGCGUCGCCAAUCAGGCUGUUAACACCUUCGUCAGCUUGAUCACGCAAGUUGCCAAGGAACAGAACGUCCGCUAUGUCCUUACGAUUCUGGAUGAUUUGCUCCAGGUUUUUUUGAGCCAGUAGUUUUAUUUUAAACAUUUUUGUAGGAAGACAAGGCUCGCGCUGAUUUGUUCCAUUCCGUCGCAAAGAAAGAAAAGACGACAGUUUAUACGUGGUUUUUGCCAGUGCUCCAGCGCGGCGAUAAUUUCAUCAUUAAUCAGGUUCGUAACUUUUUUUGCUUUCAAUUUGAACUUUUAAUAUUAAGAUGAGUUUGGUUAUCGCUAAACUGGCCUGCUUUGGCAGCAGCACCUUGCAUGGAGAACAGCUCACUGAGUAUUACAACUUCUUGAAAAGCCAGCUCAAAGUGACGCCGGUUAGAGUUUUAUUCUGAAUUUAUUAAAUUUCGGGGUUUUCAGACGAACGAAUACAUGAACACAACUGCUCGCUGCCUUCAGAUGAUGUUGCGUUACGACAACUACAGGUGAAUUAUUUUCUGAAAGAAUUAGCGGGAAGAGAUCGUCUGGACAAACUGGAUUUCAGCAAAUUUUUGUUUCAUUUUCAAGCUUUUUAGAUCCGGUUCAUUAAUUGAUAUUCAGUUAAGAUAUAUUACGAUACAUUUGUUUUAAAUGUAGAUAUCAUGAACUGAUUUGAAAAUGUCAUAUUGUUUCAGACACUUUUUGAGCUUGUGAAUCGUUAGAAUUGUAAACAUUUUCAGAAAGACCUUCGUGGAAGAGGAAGGCAUUCAAGCCCUCGUUUCUGCUCUCAACAGCCGUAUCAACUUCCAACUCCAAUACCAGCUUAUCUUCGCUGUUUGGUGCUUGACUUUCAAUACGGAAAUCGCUCGCAUGGCUCCUACCGUUGGACUGAUCCAAGCUCUCGGUGAUGUCCUCUCUGAGUCGACCAAGGAAAAGGUGUGUUUUUUACGUGAAACACAAAAAACUUUUCACUUCAGGUCAUCCGCAUCAUCUUCGCCACUUUUGCCAAUAUCCUGAACAAAGUCGAAGAUCGCGAAGUGAAACGCGAGGCGGCUCUUCAAAUGGUCCAGUGCAAGACGUUGAAGACUCUGGAACUGAUGGAUGCCAAGAAGUACGAUGAUCCUGAUCUUGAGGUUUGUCUUCGUCAUGUGCUCGGUUUUUUCAAAAGGAUAUUUCAGGAGGAUGUCAAGUUCCUCAGUGAUGAAUUGACUCUUUCCGUGCACGAUUUGAGCUCGUAUGAUGAGUAUUAUAGUGAGGUAGGUAUCAAUUUUUUUUAAACGUUUCAUAAGGAGUAUAAAAAAAUGGAGAAAAAAUAAUCAAGGAGCGUUUGAGAAAUUUUUCUUCUGGAAAAAGAUUCAUUGUUAGAAAAUAAAAAAAAAUUUUGCGACAAAAAAAUAACAUUUGGUUGGUUUUUUUAUUAUUAUUACCUUUUCCAUACUUACAUGUUUGUACAAUCCGAACUCGGUUUGAAAAAUUUUCGAAAAGAAAAAUUCAAAACUCACUUUACUCAGGUGCGAUCUGGUCGUCUUACAUGGUCUCCAGUUCACAAGUCGGACAAGUUCUGGCGCGAAAAUGCUCCCAAGUUCAACGACAAGCAGUUCGAAGUUGUCAAGUAGGAUUAUUGAUGCUAAGCUGAAUGAUCUUCAAUUGAAUCAAUCAGGAUCCUCAUUCGACUUUUGGAAACCAGCAACGAUCCGUUGAUCCUUUGUGUCGCAUCGCACGAUAUUGGUGAAUAUGUCCGUCACUAUCCGCGUGGAAAGACGUGAGAAUUAUUUUUUUUUUCGGAAAAAUAAGUAAAAUUGGAAGAAUCGCGAGGAAACCGUUGUUCAACUCAGUCAAAGUUUUAAUCUUUGGAAUUGAGCCAAACAUAGCUCCCAUUCAAUUUUUCUCAGUUUUUCCUUGAAUCCUGGGAAAUAUUUUUGCUCUUAUAAUCACAUACACCUUCACUAAAUAAAAAAACAGUUUUGAGUAAUAAUUAGAAUUUUUAUAUAGAUAGUUUAUUCACUGCCAUUAUUUAACAUAAAAAAAAAUAAUUGAAGAAUAGAUGAUCAAGUGAAGGAAUAGGCAGAGAAAUAACAAUACAGGGGAAAGAGUCAACCCCAACGAGUUGACGGGUACCCGGAAUUUUAAUUAUAAAGAUGGCGAAAAUAUUCUAAAAUGUCUCAGUUUCGCGACUAGUUCAUACGAGAAAAUCUUGCUUAAUUUCAUGAAGACAAGAUUUCUCGGCAUUCCUCAAAAAUAGGGAAAUCAUUUUUUUUUUUCGCACUAUGUCGUGUUGAAUGACACUAUGAUGCGACUAAAGUCUCCGCUUCACAAAUACCUGUUUUCUAAUUUUCCCAUGGAGUUUGGGAAUUCUUACAAUAAAUUGUUUCACAAACGAUUUCCCUAACUCUUGAAUAAUAAAUAUAAUGAAAAUAACUUAAGUAAUGACCCAAAAAACAAAUUGAGCUUUUUUUUGUUAUCUGUCCUCAAUUUUUAACAACACGACACUAUUAAAAGAAUACUUUAAACAACGUACGAUUCAGCAAUUUCGUCAAACGGUUGGAGUUUUCAAAAAACUGAGCUAUUUUUUUUCUACGAAACUCGAAUUUUCAGGGUGAUUGAGCAGUUCCAAGGCAAGCAGGCCGUUAUGCGACUUCUGACCGCCGAUGACCCGAACGUCCGCUACCACGCCCUUCUCGCCGUUCAAAAACUCAUGGUCCACAACUGGGAGUACCUCGGAAAGCAGCUCGACUCAGAAGCUCAGAAUGGAGAAGCCGUGCCUGUUAAAUAA